CUCUCUCUCUCUCUCUCUCUGUGAAAAUCCUAAACCCUACCUCUCUCUCUCCAAAUGAAGCUUUCUCUCUCUACCUUGUUGAACCCACAUUCCAAAUUUGCUUCUCAAAAGGCCUUCAGGCUUUUCUUUAGCUCAACAUCCACUCAAAUUCUCUCUUCACCUAAAUUGCCUCAAACACUCUACCGUAGAAUCUCACCAGUGGGUGACCCUAAUAUUUCCAUUGUGCCAGUACUAGAUCAGUGGGUCAGAGAAGGAAAGGAAGUCCAGAGAGAAGAGCUUCAAUGGAUCAUCAAAGAAUUGAAAUUCUACAGACGGUACAAACACGCUCUCGAGGUGUCACAGUGGAUGACCGAUAAGAGAUACAUUCCCCUCAUGACAGGUGACAUUGCCGACCGACUAAAUUUGAUUUCUAGAGUGCAUGGGUUAGAACAAGCUGAGAAAUAUUUCGAAAACAUACCACAAAUAUUAAAAGGCUAUGAAGUUUAUUGGGCUCUUCUGAAUUGCUUUGCCCAUGGCAAAGCGGUGGAAAAAUCGGAGACCUUCAUGCAGAAAUUAAGGGAUAUGGGGUAUGCUAGGACACCAUGGAGCUACAAUAUUAUGAUGACUUUAUAUUAUAAAAUGGAAAGUUGGGAGAAAUUAGAUUCUCUGGUGCAUGAAAUGGAAGAGAAGGGCAUCUAUUUUGACUACUACACCUAUGGUAUUCGUCUAAGCGCAUAUGCUGCUGCUUCUGAUAUUGAAGGAAUGGAUAACAUUGUCACAAAAAUGGAAUCUGAUCAUCGCGUAACUCUGGACUAUUAUACUUAUGGUGUUGCGGCUGAUGGGUACUUGAAAGUUGGUUUACUGGAUAAAGCUUUGACAAUGUUGAGUAAAUUGGAGGGACAGAUGAUUUCAACCAAGAAAAGGAAUGUUGCAUUUGAUUGUCUCCUCAGACUGUAUGCACGCACCGGGAAAAAAGAUGAAUUGCACCGGAUCUGGAAUCUGUACAAGAAGGAGAAAAUCUUUAAUAAUGGUUAUAUGGCCAUGAUGAGCUCACUAUUGAAAUUUAAUGCCAUUGAAGAUGCUGAGAAGAUUUUUGAGGAAUGGGAAUCGAGGGGCUUAACCUAUGAUUUUCGGAUUCCGAACUACUUGAUAGAUGUUUAUUGUAGAAAUGGUCUAUUAGGGAAGGCUGAAUCCCUUUUAGAAAAGGGAUAGCUAACGGGGGCAAUCCUUCUGUUCAUACAUGGUGCUCCUUGGCUGGUGGGUAUAUUGAAAAUAAUCAAGUUCCAAAUGCUGUGGAAGCUUUGAAGAAAGCAAUUUUGAUUUGUCCAUCUAAUGGGAAGCCCAGCAAAGAGACUUUGUCGGCCUGUUUGGAAUUUUUGGAAAGGCGGGGAGAUGUGGAAGAAGCAGAGGAAUUCAUAGAGCAACUGAAGACGCACAAAAUUUUCUCAGUAGUUGUUCACGACAGAUUGCAGAGUUUUAUAAAGGUUGGGAAGAAACACAAAUUUUCUCAGCAGUUGUUCACGACAGAUUGCUAAAUUUUAUAAGGGUUUGGAGGACACAAUCUUAGUCACAGAGAAUGGGAUGUUUUUAUUGGGGUUUAGAAAAUACAUGCAACCUGGGAGGUAAAGCAGUAUGGUGUCUACUGAGUAAAGCAGUGAUAAGUUUGGGUUUCUCUGAACUCAUGAGCCUACAUAUCUUGGCUAGUAUUGUGAUUAUUAUUUCAGCCAUUGAAAUGAAGGAGCAGGCAUAGUACAAUACAAAUAACAAAUCAGUGGGUUGAUGACGAUUCUUUAUGUAUCUGCUCACUUCAACCAUGAAUACUAGCGCACUAAAGAAGAACUUGCAAUGACCAUGAGACUGCAUCCAAUAUCCUGUGGAAGUUCAUAUCUUCUUUUAUUUUGGUUCUUGUCAAAUCAGAACUCUCAGAUGGAGUCGGAUGCGUGUAGGGCAGAUAUUCGAGAGUAGUUUUCUGAGCCUGAGUUGAGUGGUCGAGCUCGUAUUUUCAAAUGAGUUUAAAAAAUUGUUGAAAUUCAACUCGUUUAAAAAAUGAACC